AUGUCUGAAUUCAAUACCACAGUAUUUCAGCCUUCUCUCUUCAUCCUCACAGGCCUCCGUGGGCUGGUAGGCUCCCGUUUGUGGCUGGGACCACUCCUGAGUCUGAUGUACAUCAUUACCAUGGUAGGAAACUGCAUAGUGAUAUACUUAGUGAGGACUGAAAGGAGUCUUCAGGAGCCCCAGUACCAUUUUUUGUCCAUGCUGGCUGGGGCUGACAUUGUCCUGUCUGUCUCUACACUUCUCUCAGUGCUCAAGGUCUUUAUCUUUGGCGUCUAUGAAAUUGCAUUUGAUAGUUGCCUCACUCAACUUUUCUUCAUCCAUACAUCCUCUUCCACGGGCUCAGGGAUCCUGCUGGCCAUGGCCUUUGAUCGCUUUGUGGCCAUCAGUAACCCCCUGAAAUAUACCACCAUACUAACCAGCUCACGAGUCACCAAAAUGGGACUGGCAGCCUUGCUGAGGGGCAUGGCACUCAUGACUCCAUUGCCCAUUCUGCUAAAGCAGCUGCCUUUCUGCAAGGGCCAGACACUUUCCUAUUCCUACUGUCUCCACCCAAAUGUCAUGAAGCUAGCUUGUGGCCAAGUCAAAAUCAAUAUUUUGUAUGGGUUGGUUUUGGUUAUCUUUUCUUUUGGGGUUGACUUCUUAUUCAUAGCCAUUUCUUAUGUUCUGAUAUUUCAAGCAGUGCUGGGUAUUGCUUCCAGAGAAGGCCAGAUGAAGGCACUCAAUACCUGUUUGUCACACAUCUUUAUUGUGUUUAUUUACUAUGGACCCCUCCUGGCAAUAACUGUAAUGCACCGAAUCAGCCUAAGAAGUUCUCCAGUAGCACACGCAGUCCUUGGGAAUAUCUAUCUCUUUAUGCCCCCAAUGCUCAACCCAAUUGUGUAUAGCCUGAAGACCAAGCAGAUCCAUGCUGCUCUGAGAAAAUCUUGCAAGAUCCAGAGAAGAUAA